AUGACAGAGAGGGGAGAGUCUUGGUACUUAUCAGUACACAGAGUGUGUAAAAGGAGGGAGGGAGAGAAGCAGAGCUGCUGUGUGUGUGUCUCUAUGUAGACUUGGUUUUUCAAAUAUUAAAUCUCCCAGGAACUGAUUCCUUGUCAGACGGGAGAUCAGCAAGCUAGCAGCUGCAAGAGAGGAGAGCCAUCAUUACUGGUGUGGAAGGAGAGGCUAUAACAAGUGAGCAGUAGUCAGACACUAUGAAGAUCAAAUGAUGUAUCAUGUCAACAGACAAAGGAUGUGGAAAAUGGGAAGGUAUUGAGAGUGGACAUUUGUGUUGUUGAACUCAGUGGAUGGGGAAGAAGAUUUGGUCAAAAACACACUUUUGCAUUCAGCAUGUUCUCUGAUGAUGAAAUGAAAACUUGGGCUUGCCUUUAAAGAAUAUGUGGUAGAAAUCACACCAAAGCCUUCUGGAAUUAUUGGUCUCAUGCAGAAAAAUAUGCUGAAUCCGCCUCUGGAGAAUAAAGGUUUCCAAUACAAAUGCUGAUUUCCAAAUACUUUGUGAACGAAGGUCCAUGUUCAGUUACCUAAAGAAAUGGAAUGCUAACCACCUUCUACAUUUGAAGUUUCAUUGGGCCACAUUCCCAGAAGUCAAAGACUUGAUAAUUUUAAAAACUUGGUGAGCAUAUUAGUUUACCAGCAUAUUGUAGCAAAAACCUUCAUAAGAUUGAUUGCACUUUAGGAAAACCAUUGUAAUUUUUCAUCUCUGACUCUCUUGGCCCUUUCCCCGGUUGAAUGAGUUGACGUGUGCAGUGGAAAAUUUGGACUCCUCUCUUUUUUAUAAGAUCUCUCUGAAUAUCUGAAAGUCUUUUCCUUUGUAACAAUGGACUCAGAGCCAGGAAACUCACAGAUUUUCAUGGAUAACAAUAAGCUGUGUUCUUUCAAACCACCUUUGUGAACUAAAGGUUCUGCUCCACUGUGCAAAUUUUAUUAUAGGGGCAAAGCAGGAGUUGACUUCAUCAUGGCGGAGAAGUGUGAUUAUAUUGCCAGCAUGUAUGGUUAUGACCUCGGUUGCCGUUUUAUCGACUUCAGACCCCUGGGCUUUGGUGUGAAUGGCCUCGUCCUGUCGGCAGUUGACAGCAAAAGCUGCCGCAAGGUGGCUGUGAAGAAGAUCACCAUCAAUGAUGCGCAGAGCAUGAAGCAUGCCUUCCGGGAGAUCAAGAUAAUCCGUCGACUGGACCACGACAACAUUGUGAAGGUCUAUGAGGUUUUGGGGCCUAAAGGAACAGACCUUCAAGGAGACUUAUUCAAAUUCAACAUGGUGUACGUCGUGCAGGAAUAUAUGGAAACAGAUCUGGCUCGAUUGUUGGAGCAAGGACCGCUCUCUGAGGAACAUGCCAAACUCUUUAUGUAUCAGUUGCUUAGGGGCCUGAAGUACAUCCACUCAGCCAAUGUGUUGCACCGGGAUUUAAAGCCUGCCAACAUCUUCAUCAACACCGAGGACUUGGUAUUAAAGAUUGGUGACUUUGGAUUGGCAAGGGUUGUGGACCAACAUUACUCGCACAAGGGCUACCUGUCGGAAGGCUUGGUCACGAAAUGGUAUCGAUCUCCCCGCUUGCUCCUCUCGCCUAACAACUACACCAAAGCAAUUGACAUGUGGGCAGCUGGUUGCAUUCUAGCGGAGAUGCUCACAGGAAAGAUGCUCUUUGCAGGAAGCCACGAGCUGGAACAGAUGCAGCUCAUUUUGGAGACAAUCCCCGUUUUCCGUGAAGAGGACAAGGAGGAGCUGCUCAAGGUAAUGCCCACGCUCAUCAACAGCACCUGGGCAGUGAAAAAGCCAUUACGGAAGCGUCUUCCCGAAGUCAACAGCAAAGCCAUUGAUUUUCUGGAGAAGAUAUUGACAUUCAAUCCCAUGGACCGACUGACUGCAGAAAUGGGUCUGCAACAUCCUUAUAUGAAUCCAUAUUACUGUCCCGAGGAUGAACCUGUUUCUCAGCAUCCUUUCCGGAUUGAAGAUGAGAUAGAUGAUAUUUUGCUGAUGGAAGCGAACCAAAGCCAGAUGUCCAACUGGGACAGGUAUCACGUCAGCUUGUCCUCAGAUUUGGAAUGGCGGCACGAGAAGUGUCAAGAUUUGGAUGAGGUGCAACGGGACCCCCGGGCAGGAUCGGAAUCUAUCGCCGAGGAAGCUCAAAUUGAUCCACGGAAAUAUUCCCAGAGCAGCUCGGAGAGAUUCCUGGAGCAAUCGCAUUCUUCAAUGGAUCGAGCAUUCGAAGGGGAUUGUGGGCGGUCAUGUGAUUAUAAAGUGGGGUCUCCUUCCUACUUAGACAAGUUGCUCUGGAGGGACAACAAGCUCCACCAUUACUCAGAGCCGAAGCUCAUCUUGGACUUGUCUCAUUGGAAAAGAGCAUCCAUUGCACCCACGGCAGAGUUGGCGUUGGAAGAGGAGCCAUCCAACCUUUUCCUAGAGAUAGCCCAGUGGGUGACAAGCACCCAGACGGGGCUGGAGUGCCCCAAUCCCCUUCCAGAGAUCCAAGAACGGAGCCUGCCAUCUUCUCCCCGCCACCUCCACAAAGAGUCUAAGGAGGUUGACAGCAAAAGUGAUCCUCAGUUUGACUUGGAUGUCUUCAUAUCCAGGGCAUUAAAACUUUGCACGAAGCCUGAGGAUCUGCCAGAAAACAAGCUCAAAGACAUCAACGGCGCAUGUAUAGCAGAACACCCUAGUGAGAUUGUACAGACAGAGGUAUAUCAUAAAGAGAGGUGGUGAAAAGAACCAGACUUCUGGUAUUUGUGGCUAAUCUCCUGACAAAUGCUUCUGGUUACACAUCAAUUUACCCAAUGCUGAAUAUCAAGCAAGGUUUGAUCUCAUGCAAGCCAUGUCAACUCCUUAUUCAAUAUUGUGGAAAUGCCUUUAUGUUAAGGGCGAGCAGAAGCUGAGGUUCCCUUUCAAUGCCUUGGGAGUAAACUUAAAAGGAAUCGAGAGGUGUGGGUGAAAUGUUGGGGAUUCUUAUGCUGCCUUAACAAUCAUGCCUUGUAGCUUCUGGGACAUGUUUUGAACUUCCGUGUCUGCUACAGAAAAUUCCUGGACACACAGAAUGAUAAAGCGGCUCAGUUUACAAGGAAGAGUCAUGAUGCUUGAGGGAAUCCCCUUUAGAAAACUAAACACUCUUGCCAUGAUUCAUAGCAUUUGUAUGGAGCUUUUCCUGAAAGCCCAAAGCAUUUGACACAGGGGUUCUCAAAACUGGGUCUCCAGAUGUUGUUGGACUACAAAUCCCAUCAUCCCCAUACACAAUGGCGAAAGGCUAUUGUGACUGGGGAUGAUGAGAGUUGUAGUCCAACUGUAGCAGAAAUCCCCCAGGUUCUCAUAGACAGAGACUGGCACCAACAGUUUGAGAGAAAGCAGAUUUAUUGCUAGCAAUUUGAUCUCAGUGGAAAUAAAUUCCAAAGCCUGAGACCCCGUUUACAUUGUGUCUUCGCCUUUUAAACACACAGCAAUUUACAUAUUGUGGGUACAAUUCUCAUUAGUAAGCAUCGUCAUCUUACAAUUAUACCAAUCAGACAAUUUCCCAUACUAAGCUAUAACUAAGCAUUUCACCCCCUCCUUCUUUCUGCAUACUGCUAAAAACUAUUUCACUCCCCUUCCAGAUGUGGCCUUGAAAGUACUGGCCAGCCAACACUUUGUUAUCUACAGAUAUCAAAGGGGCCCCUUUGCCUGCAUUCCAGCAGGUCAACAAGAAUAAUUGUGCUUUUAGCAAGUUGCAAUUAGAGCAGAUUGCAGACCCUUUUAACCAUUUCUUGACCACCACAGACCUGAGUCUGCCUCACAACAACAUCUGGAGAUCCAACUUUGAGAACCUCUGAUUGAAGGUCUGUUUUUUCCAGUCAUUCUUAUGUCAUUCAUGCCAGUAUUACUAUCCCUGUAUUACAGACUGGGGGCUGAGGCAGAGAGGUCCCAGUUUGGCCUUCCCGUCAGUUCAUGGCUGAGCUGAGAGUUGAACUGGGGACUCCGCAGUUACUAAUCAGGCUCGUGACAGCCAUGCUACACCAGUUCUCUACCCAAAGCUUUACAGGUGGAAAAUACAUUGAAUUUGGGGGAUGUGAAGGGCCAUGAUACAGCCACCUUGCUGAAACCAAGCAAGUCUGUAGCUCUGUCCAGCCAUUAUGUUCAACGUAUGUACAAUCUGUAUAUAAUGUACGGACACACAAAUUUGUACACAGGUACAGUUAUUCACACAUUAUGCACAUACAGCAAUACUCUUCCUCUCUGCUCUGCAUUUGAGGGGGACUGUCCUUUUAGAGUGGAAUGUGGAAACAUAUACAGCAGUUCACACAAAAAUGUGUACAUGUGUACAGUACUUAAUGUCUGAAUAGGGCUUGAGUCUGGUCAGUGCAAGGAUGGGAGACCACCUGGGAAGCCCAUGUAAGCCACCUUGAGUUCUGUGAUGGAAGAAAAGUGGGUAAUGGUAUAAAGGUCUCAUUCCCCAAAUAAGUGUGACUUGCUCAUCUGGUCCAUAGAGCUGUUGCAUCAGUAGCAGAGGCAUUAUCCGGAUAACUUGGGCCCCCCACCCUUCCUAAUGUAAUAAAGGGGUUCUGAUAGUAACUGUACUUAAGGUCAGGAUUCCUCCUUCCUGAGCAGGGCUCUGGAAUGGGUUGCCAUGUGCUCACAGGUAAGCAUUGCACUGCUGUGUCCAUGCUUCCGGUUAGUCUCAUUGGUAUCUCCAUUCCUGGGAUUCCAGUGAUGGCCAUGCGGGUUGGGCUGGGGGUCAAGAACAGAAGGGAUGGGUCCAGUUUGUGCAAAGGUUCCCUGCAUUUAUUUAUUUAAAAGACUUCUGUCCCACCAUUCUUCAAAAAAGAAUUCAUGGAGGCUUACAGCAAAAUUAAAAAUAAUAAUAAUAAUAAAACAAAACACAAUCACCUCUACGUUUAAAAAAAUACAAGAUAAAAGGCAAUAAUUAAAACAGGGCUUUCAAAGAGAAAUAUGUAUAUUGGUAGGGGGAGACCUGCUGGAAUAAAUAAAAAGUGUUCAAAAAAUUUUUUAAACUAAAUAGGGGGGAGGUGAGCCUAAGAUAGGAACAGGGGCAUAGCUAUAAUUUGGCGAAUGGGUUCAAAGAACCCGAGCCGUGCCCAAUCAGGAGCCGCCAUUAGCGGCCCUGACACGCCCCCCGCGUCUGACGUCAGAUGCGGGGGCGGGAGUUUAGCUCC